UACCAUCAGCAUCAGUGAUUUUCAAUAUACCAACCUAUAUGGCUUGUUUUGUUGGUGUUCUUGUUAAUUCUUUUCUCUUUCUCGUUGGUACAUAUUGACUUCUCUUGAUAUACAGAUGACUGCAUCAUCAUCUUGCCUUCUAGGGGAUGGUUUAUCAACCAUAAAUGGCAAACCAUAUUUGUGCAAGGAUUUCUAUGGUAGACGCCUUCUGCACAGUUCAAGUCUUCCUUCAUUGGGUAGGACAUCAUCAAAAGCAUUAUUGGUGAAGGCAUCUUUGGACAAGAGGUAGUUUGAGGGAGGAAGAGAUUUUCUAAAGCUCUUGUUGGAGAAUGUGGGACUUGGAGGAUCUGCUUUGCUUGGAAAUGGGAAAGCUCUUGCCGAUGAUCAAGGGGUUUCUUCCUCCGGGAUGUCUUAUUCCAGGUUCUUGGAGUAUUUGGAUAAGGAUAGAGUGAAAAAGGUGGACUUGUUUGAGAAUGGGACAAUUGCUAUUGUUGAGGUUGUUUCACCUGAGCUUGGUAACCGGGUGCAACGAGUCCGCGUACAACUUCCUGGCCUUAGCCAAGAGCUUCUUCAGAAAUUCCGAGAAAAGAACAUUGACUUGCAGCUCAUAAUACUCAAGAAGAAUCUGGCUCUCUCCUUUUUAACUUGAUUGGAAACCUCGCUUUUCCUUUACUCUUGAUAGGAGGGCUUUUCCUCCUCUCUCAACGUUCCUCCGGAGGAAUGGGUGGUCCUGGGGGCCCUGGUUUCCCCCUCACCUUUGGUUAGUCUAAGGCAAAGUUCCAAAUGGAGCCCAACACUGGUGUAACAUUUGAUGAUGUUGCUGGAGUUGACGAAGCAAAGCAAGAUUUCAUGGAAGUCGUGGAGUUCCUGAAGAAGCCCGAGAGAUUCACUGCGGUUGGGGCUCGUAUUUCGAAGGGUGUCCUUCUUGUUGGUCCUCCAGGCACUGGUAAGACUCUUCUAGCUAAGGCCAUCGCCGGUGAGGCUGGUUUCCCUUUUUUCUCGAUAUCCGGUUCUGAGUUUGUUGAGAUGUUUGUUGGUGCCUCAAGAGUCCGCGAUCUCUUCAAAAAGGUAAAGGAGAAUGCUCCAUGCAUUUUCUUUGUUGAUGAAAUUGAUGAUGUUGGAAGGCAAAGAGGAACUAGCAUUGGUGGAGGGAAUGAUGAAAGAGAGCAGACCCUAAACCAGCUUUUGACAGAGAUGGAUGGUUUCGAGGGUAACACUGGCAUCAUUGUCGUUGCAGCAACCAACAGGGCAGACAUUCUUUACUCUGCUCUCUUAAGACCGGGAAGGUUCGACCGACAGGUGUCUGUUGAUGUUCCAAAUAUACAUGGUAGAGCUAAAGUUCUCAAAGUUCAUUCCAGUAACAAGAAAUUUGAUGCAGACGUGUCGCUUGAUGUCAUAGCCAUGAGAACACCUGGUUUCAGUGGAGCUGAUCUUGCUAACCUCUUAAACGAGGCAACUAUCUUAGCUGGUCACCGUGGGAGAACAGCAAUUUCACCUAAAGAAAUUGAUGAUUCUAUUGAUAGGAUUGUUGCUGGAAUGGAAGGAACUGUAAUGAUCGAUAGGAAGAGUAAAAGUCUUUUGGCAUACCAUGAAGUCGGCCAUGCUAUUUGUGGGACGUUGACUCCUGGUCAUGAUGUCGUUCAAAAGGUCACCCUAGUUCCACGAGGUCAGGCAAGAGGUCUUACUUGGUUUAUUCCAAGUGAUGAUUCAACCCUGAUCUCCAAGCAGCAAUUGUUUGCCAGAAUUGUCGGUGGACUUGGUGAAAGAGCUGCUGAAGAAAUUUUCUUCGCUGAGCCUGAGGUGACCACUGGGGAAGCUGGUGACUUGCAACAGAUUACUGGUUUGGCCAAGCAGAUGGUGGUGACAUUCGGAAUGUCAGAGAUCGGACCGUGGUCAUUGAUGGACUCAUCGACUCAUAGUGCGGACAUGAUCAUGAGAAUGAUGGCAAGGAACUCAAUGUCGGAGAGGCUAGCCGAGGACAUAGACAGUGAAGACGAUAUCAGAUCGUGCAUACCAGAUUGCACUCUCCCACAUCAGAACCAAUCGGGAGGCAAUGGACAAGAUCAUUGAAGUCCUGCUGGAGAAGGAAACCACGUUGGGUGACGAGUUCCGGGCAAUCCUCUCAUAAUUCGCCGAAAUUCCCAUCGAGAAUAGGGUUCCCCCGGCGGUGCCAACUCCAGUGACUAUUUGAAUCUGGAUGGUUGUACUGCAUUCCUCCAUAACCGCAUGUUUCCUGUUUAUCAACCGUUCAU